AUGGCCGAGCUGAAGACGCUCGUGCAUCUCCGUGGCCAAGCGAAGGCCAAGGUGACCCGGAUCCGAAAAACCAUUGAAGAGGUUUCGGAAGCCGGCAUCGUACAGUUUACGCUACCGCAGUUGAAGGUGUAUUCCCGGAAUUUGGAGGCCCACUUCCAAGAGUACCUCCAUUUCCACCACCAAAUAACCGCAUUGCUGCCUCCGGAGAAGCUGGACGACAACGAUGCAACGUAUCUCCAGUUCGAAGACCAGCACACCGAAACCGCUAUGCUGGUCGAAACCCUGAUCCAGUCCGCUACCCCGCAACCUCCUGUUCCAUCUGUAGUGCCCGCGUCCGGUGCCUAUCCGGCGCAGAUUAUAGUGCAGCAGCAACCGCUUCCGGUUCCGAUACCGUCAUUUGAUGGCAAACCGGAGAAUUGGCCACGAUUCCAGCAGGUGUUUUCCGACAUCAUGGCCAGAUCCAGAGAUUCGGAUGCGGUCAAGCUGCAUCACCUCGAAAGGGCACUAGCAGGUGGUUCUGCCGCAAAGAUCAUCGACCCAAAAACACUCAGCGACGGAAAUUUCACCCACGCCUGGGAGCUGCUGCUUGACGUUUACGAGGAUGAGCGGAAGGCGGUAGACUCUCACAUCCAUGGCUUGUUGGGUCUAAAGCGGAUGAACAAGGAAUGCUCCAAGCAAAUGAGAGAUCUUUUGAACGAGGUAACCCGCCAUGUCGAAGGAUUGAAGUUGCUGAACCAGAACCUGGAUGGUGUUUCCGAGCGAUUUGUCGUCGUCGUCCUUUCCGAUGCUUUCGACCCCGAGACGAGGAAACAGUGGGAGGGAACCAUUCCCCACAAGGAGAUCCCGACCUACGAAGAUACCGUGAUAUUCCUGAAGGAGCGCUGUUCGUUGUUGGAGCGCUGCGAAGCCAGCCACCCGAAGUCGUUGUCCGACAAGGAGUCCAACCAGAAGUCCAUCUCGAAGCCCCCACCGGCGAAGUCGUUCGCUAUGGCUACACCCCUAGCUAAUAGUGAGGCGACAUGCGAGAUCUGCAGUGCGAAUCAUCCCAACUACAAGUGCGACAGGUUUGUUUCCUUGACGGUACCCCAACGUAGAGUUAAGGUAAGAGAACUCAAUCUAUGUUUCAAUUGUUUGCGGAAGGGACACCCUGCCUUGAAGUGCCCUUCCACUAAAUCAUGCCAGGAGUGUCAAGGAAGACACAAUACCCUGCUUCACGAGCCCAAGCCCGAGCCAAAGCCCGUAAUUGAGGACCCCCAGCAAGAAUCCGCCCCAGUUGUUGAAAGUGCCAAUGUUUCCCCUCCGAUUGAAAGUUCCUCGUCGUUGUCCAGUUCGGUCCACAAUGUUCCCCGGUCAGAUAGUACGUUGUUGCUUACGGCCAUGGUUGAUGUCCUAGACAGCCAUGGAAACCCCCACCCUUGCCGUGCAUUCCUCGAUUGUGGUUCCCAACCUCAUUUGGUUUCCUGUUCAUUUGUGGAGUCUCUGGGAAUCGAACGAGUACCUACCCAUGUUGAAGUUUUCGGAGCUACCGGUAAACGAUCGGUACUAAACCAGAAGGUUAAUAUUGUGUUCCGUUCCCGUUCAAUGGAUUAUCAAGCCCAGAUUGAAUGUUUGGUCACUGAUGUGGUGACAGGUCCCCUGCCAGCUCGUAAGUUGGAUCCACAAUCUUGGAACAUCCCCUCUUGUUUGACGCUUGCUGAUCCUUCCUUCCAUACCCCUGGCGAAGUGUCGCUUUUGAUAGGUGUUAAGUUGUUCUUCCACUUGAUGUUGCCCGGACAGUUGAUGCUAGGUGAUCGUCUACCAGUCCUCAAGGAAACCCGAUUGGGCUGGGUUGUCGCUGGAGGCGAUGAGAAUGAAGAUGCAAAUCAGCAUUGUUAUACCACCACCCUGCGGCCAAUGAAGGAGGAUAUAGUGAAGUCUGCUGACACUGUCGACGCCAAAGGCAUAGUUUUCCAAGACCAACAAAUGGUUCAAAGUGAGGACUCGUUUGGAUGGUUCCCGUCUGCUGUGUAG